CUAGUUUUGUUUAUUUAAAAGCGGAGUUAACUUGUACUGGUGUUAUUUCCUUAGAGAUUAUAUAUAGUGACAAACCAAAUGCAUGGGCUUCUAUUUUGAUAAGGUGUACCUAAAUCAAGAAGAUAUAGCUUAAGAGCACAUCCAACACUUUCGUUAACUUGCUUUUUCAUAGACAAGAGUCGAAGAAGAUGUAUUUAUUACAAUUGGUGAAGAAACUAGGUUUCGUCUUUCUUCUUGUUUCAGCUUCAAUGUUUGCUUUCUCUUCUGCAGGCCGACCAUCCAUUCUAAUCUAUAGCCAAGAUGAUAAUCAUCAAGAGUUGGUGGAAAGAAGGAUACAUGAACAUGAGAGAAUUCUGAAGAUGAAUUCAAGAGACUAUGGUCAGUUCAAUCCUACACCAAAGCUCUUCAGGCCUCCUUCCAAGCUUAUUCCCAACUGAUCACAGGAUUCAUAAUACGGAUCGACUGUAUAUAGAUGGAAACUUUAUGAGAUGUAUGAUAUAUAUAUAUAUAUAUAUAUAUAUAUAUAUAUAUAUACCUAAAGACUAACAUAUUGCAAUAAGUUUAAAUGAUGUUCCAGUUAUCAUAAGAAAUUAAUAGUAUGUUAAUUAGUAAAGAUGCUAUAGUCUUUGUUCAUAGGUGUGUGAGUUUGGUGAAAGUGCAUGUCACUUUAUCACUACAAUAUCAUGCAAUUUUGCAAUUAAUGGAAGAUGAGGCAUUGAUGAACUA